CACCAAUAUAUAGCUAAUCAACUCUUCACUUCCCCCUCAUAAAAUGGCUCGUUUUGCAUUCUUGGACGUUUCUCUCUCCUUAAUUUUCAACAUCUUGAUCUCUCAGUCCCUCCCAUCACACGCCAUCUCCUCCUGCUACGGCUCGUGCCGUGACCUAAACGACUGCGAGGGCCAGCUCAUCUGCAUCAACGGCAAGUGCAACGACGACACCGAUCUCGGAACCCGAAUUUGCAGAAGAACCCCAGCUCCUGGCGGUGGGUGCAAGCAGUAUGGUACUCUCACUUGCGAUGGCAAUACCUACCCUACCUACAGGUGCUCUCCUCCAGUCACGUCCUCCACGCAAGCCAAACUCACCAACAAUGACUUCAGCGAGGGCGGUGACGGUGGUGGCCCGUCGGAGUGCGACGACAGGUACCAUUCGAACAGCGAGCGGAUCGUUGCGCUGUCGACCGGGUGGUACGAUGGCGGGUCGAGGUGCGGAAAGAUGAUAAGGAUCACGGCUAAUGGGAGGAGCGUGGUGGCUAAGGUGGUGGACGAGUGUGACUCCAUGCAUGGGUGUGAUGCCGAGCAUGCGGGCCAGCCGCCGUGUAAGAAUAAUAUUGUUGACGGCUCCGAUGCCGUGUGGAGUGCCCUGGGGCUGAACAAGGAUUUGGGUGUUGUUGACGUUACUUGGUCCAUGGCCUAGGUAAUUUGUCCUUAAGAUCGACUUAUAUUAGCUAUCCGAAUAAGGACCAGAGAUCAAACUAUGUUUCCUGGUCUUUCAAGUAGUAAAAUAGUUAACAAUCAAUAUAUAUGAUAUGCCAGCUGCCUAUGGUUUUAGGUUUUCUAAACAUAUGUAUGGCAUGUAGGCUUAAUAGUUUCGAGUUCGGCACCAUGAUGUGAUGCGGAAAGGUGUGGCAAUAUGCAACUAAAAACUGUAACGAAUAUCGACUAAAAUAAAACCUUCGAGUUCAAGUUGUUACAUACCUAGCUAA